AUGGAGACAAAAGGCAGUGUUGAAAAAGGGAAAAAAGUUGGAUCGAGCACCUUUUCAGCUGGUCAAAUGGAGGCGCUUAUUGCUUUAUGUGACACCUUUUUGCCCUCCAUUGAUGUUUCUCAACUCCCCGUUGAUGAUCUUUCCGCCAUUAAAUUCUACGAGACCUCUGCUUCCAUGGCCGGAACUCCACGCCCGGUUAGUGUGAUGCUGAAGGAAAAAUUACAACACCCUAAAAUUUACCUGAGCAGAUUAGCACUAUGGGCACUGUCAACAUGGAUAGGAACAUUUAUACUAUGUGGAAGAUUAAGUUUAUCAAGCCAUUUUCCAUAUUUCCUGAGAUUUUCACAGAUUUCAUUACAGAAAAGAGAGCAAAUUCUUCUGUCAUGGUCUCGCAGUUAUAUUUCUCUCUUGAGGCUUCUCUUCGCCGCAGCAAAAAUAUUCACUUUACUCGUGUUUUUCACUCAGGUGAAUGAGAAAGAAGAAAAUGUUUCAUGGAAAGCCAUAGGAUACUGCGGACCAGAUCCAAAUUUCGGAAAGCAAAAAUUCAGUCCCAAAAAAGUAGAAAAAAUUCCAAAUCAAAGAUCAGAAGGGCACCAAGAACAAGAAGAUUCGAGUAAAGAUGAUCUGUUUGAACCGCUUUACAAGGGCAUAAUGAAUCUAAACCAACCAAAGCAAAUAAUCUUUGAUAAACUAGAGAAAUUAGGGUUUCCUGUUUCCACCUCUCAUUCCAAAAACCCAAAAAUAAAAUCAUUCAAUUCAUCUUUUGUUAUCAAGUGUGAUGCAAUAGUUGUUGGUUCUGGCUCUGGUGGUGGAGUUAUAGCCGGUGUUCUUGCGAAAGCCGGUUACAAAGUACUUGUCCUGGAAAAAGGAAGCUAUUUUUCGAAAAAAGACCUUACACUUCUUGAAGGACAAGCAAUGGAUCAAAUGUACCUCGGUCAUGGGAUUUUAGGAACAGAAGAUAUGGAUGUCCUUCUGCUUGCAGGAUCCACAGUAGGUGGCGGCUCCACCAUAAACUGGUCGGCCUCAAUCCGUACUCCAGCACAUAUUCUGAAGGAAUGGAGUGAAAACUACAAUUUAGAACUAUUUGAGAGCAAGUUAUAUCAAGAAGCCCUGGAUAUUGUCUGCCAGAAAAUGGGAGUUCAGUCUGAAGUUGAAGAAGAAGGAUUCAACAACAUGAUCUUGCGAAAAGGGUGCCAGAAAUUGGGUUUUCCGGUGGAAAAUAUCCCUCGAAAUUCGACUUCCGAUCAUUAUUGUGGAUGGUGCUGCCUUGGCUGCAAAGAUGGGAAAAAGAAAGGCACAACAGAAACAUGGUUGGUGGAUUUGGUUGAUUCUGGUAAUGGUGCAAUUCUUCCUGAAUGUGAAGCUAUUCAAGUUUUGCACAGAAGGAACGACAAAAUUACAGACAGAAGAAGCAGUGCUGUUGGUGUUGCUUUUGAAUUUCAGCGUCAAGGAGUGAAAGAAAUUGGUUUUGUCGAGUCAGAAGUGACUGUAAUUGCAUGUGGUGCUCUUUGUACUCCUGCGCUGCUAAAAAGAAGUGGAUUGAAGAAUCCAAACAUAGGUAAAAAUUUGCAUGUCCAUCCAGUAAUAAUGGGAUGGGGCUAUUUUCCAGAUACACCUUCAUCUGAUGUAAUAUGGCCAGAGGCAGAUAAGAAGAGCUAUGAAGGAGGGAUAGUGACAGCAAUGUCAAAACUUACUGUAAACCCUGAAGACUCCAGCUAUAACGCCAUCAUCCAAACUCCGUCAUUGCACCCUGGCAUGUUCGCUGCGCUAUUUCCAUGGUCUUCUGGCCUAGAAUUCAAAACGAAAAUGAGCAAUUUCUCCAGGACUAGUCAUAUAUUUGCAUUGGCAAGGGACAAGGGAUCAGGCACUGUAACUAAUCCUUCAUCAAUAAGUUACAAACUGGAUAAUGCAGAUGAAGAGAACUUAAAGAAAGGGCUGGAAAGGGUUCUGAGGAUACUAGCAGCUGCAGGAGCUGAAGAAAUUGGAACUCAUCACGGACGUGGGAGGACGUUAAAAGUGAAGGAAGCCAGUCUCGAAGAAUUUGAGGAGUUUGUAAAAGAGGAAAGUUCAAGGCCAGUGAAAAACCUGUCAACACCAUUAUGCUCUGCACAUCAGAUGGGGAGUUGCAGAAUGGGGGUGGAUUCCCGCAGCUCCGCCGUGGAUUCAAAGGCGGAAACGUGGGAGGUGGAGAGGCUUUUUGUGGCGGAUUCAAGUGUUUUUCCGACGGCUUUAGGAGUGAAUCCAAUGGUUACUAUUCAGGCUAUUUCUUAUUGCACUGCACAAUCUGUUCUUGAAGUUCUCGGGAGGAAAAGGUACAUAUAG